GGUCAGGUACAAUGCAGAUUAGACAAUUAGAUAACGGUGGAAGAUAAUGACGAUUACAGAGAUGAGGAGAGGAGGGUCGAGCUGUAGGUGUAUAUACUGGGGAAUACUUCACUCUAUCGGCACCUGGUGUGAGAGGAGAGAGGUAUAAAUAGUGCACAGUUAGAGUGAGAAGGGGAAUAUAAUGGCAUCGACAAAGCUUCAAGAACGAGCAGAGCUGUGUAUUGUCCAUUAGUAUCCUGUAUCAUUAUAUACUUCCAAUGCCAUGGAGUUGUAACGUUUGGAGUUCCUAGACGGAGAUGGUCCGAUAACUUACCUGUCGGAAUUGUGUUAUUACCUGUGUGACUUAUUUGUGUCACACCUGUCCCUUUCCCCGUUGACAUUAUGAGCGGAGGGGGCGGGCUCAGCGACUCUCCCACGGGAGGCACGGGGGCAGGGCUCCGGCCGUACCUCAAAAGGAAAAAAUCCUCAUUUGGCGACACCAAGAUCGCUGUUCUAGGUCAUGAGGGAACCGGAAAGAGUGCGUUGUCUGUGCGGUUUCUGACAAAGCGUUUUAUUGGAGAAUAUGACCAGACAAUAGAAUCCAAAUAUAAAUAUACAACAGUGGUCGACACAGAAUCCAUCACAUUCGAAAUCCUCGACACCAUUUCAAACAGAGAGGAUUGCGGUGCUCGUGAUGACGUAUUACGAUGGGGUGAUGGAUUCAUGUUGGUGUAUUCUGUCGUCAGCCGGAAGUCGUUUGACGCCUUACAAGAGGUGAAACGGAAAAUAGAGGACGCCAAAAAAGGCUCCCCUGCUCCAAUCCUUAUGGUUGGCAAUAAAUGUGAUCUGGCACAUAUGCGUCAAGUUACUAAAGAUGAAGGUGAGAAGCUGGCUCUGGAGUUUGGAUGUACGUUUGUGGAGGUUUCUGCUUCGGAGGAUGUCAGUCAAGUAACAGAGGCAUUCCAUGCCCUCUGUCGGGAAGUUAUAGAAUUCAAGCGAAGAUCAAGGACAUUUUUAGAUCGUGUAUUUGGUGCCUUCGGGAGAGAAAAAGCGUCUUCCUGACACAAAUAAAUCAUGUUUAAAAGUUAAAUAGGACAAAAUAUAUUAUAUCGCUCUUCUGUACACGUUUAAAGAUUACGUUCUGAGGAGUAAAAUGUUUAUGGGAUGAUAGCAACAGUGCUUGAUACAAACAAUGCUUCGACUCCCGUGGAGUUCGUCAUUGCGUCUGCAUCUCGAGUUAUGAGGAGCGGCGUGUGCUUUACAAACACAUUCGUGAUUAAGACAAAGCGGCGUCUACUACAGCAUUAGUCGGGAUAUCACACAUUACAGGUUACAGUUUACUAUUGUUUUGUUGAGAGAAUACGUAUGUAUUUAAAUGUAUCAUUAAAUGUAUUUCAUUAUGU